UCUGUAGGUUGACUCUAUUUACUAUGCUUUGCUUUUAAUGUAGGACAAUGGAAGAGGAAUGCCACAUGAUGAUAUUCCCAAUAUGUUUGGACGAGUUUUGUCUGGGACAAAAUAUGGCUUGAAGCAGACACGCGGAAAGUUUGGACUUGGUGCAAAGAUGGCAUUAAUUUGGUCCAAGAUGAGUACAGGGCUUCCUAUUGAUAUUUCAUCAUCAAUGAAGGGCCAAAAUUAUAGUUCAUUCUGCUGGCUUGAUAUAGACAUUCAUCGGUAUGAUUUAUAUAAGGCAUAACUUAUAAUCCUAUGACUACUGUUACAUUGUGAAUAUGCAUAGUUGUAAGUCUCCGGUUUAAUUUUGUU